AGUUCGGGUAUGGUUUUUGUUACAUAUGUAUAUUAUAUUGACAUUUGGUUUCAAAAUAGAGAAAGGAUCGAAAAAGAAGGGAGGAAUUUCCGAGAAAGUAGUUGGUAGAAGCCAUGUUGCUUAUAAGUCAUUAUCAAACCGACUUCUUCAUGAUGAUAAACUUGUAGAAACAAUCUACGGAAGAGUCGAAAGGUGGAGUAAUCCAUCUCGGGAGUAG